GUGGUGUUCACCACUAGUUUUGCAGGACCUAAUGGAGGCCUCGAAGGUAUUACAUCUGGCGCUCCAACAGAUGGAUGGCAUCAUCGCCAGUUGCGAUUCACUCAUGAGUCCAGAUAUUAACCAAUUGAACGAUUCUUCGGCCUUUCAUUUCAACACCUUUUCGCUCAACACUAAUACUUUACAAACGGAUAACAAGAGUAAUCAUAAUAUAGUUGUGGACAAAGAAAGCCGACGUCUCUUAAUUGAUUUGCUCCUCAAAUAUCUCAACACUUCUUCGCCGACAGUAGCGCCAGAAGAGAGUCCACUAAAUGCG